CGGGCCUUGAUCGUAGCGGUCACACCCUACAGCGUGGGUACCUGAGCUCGUUUCUGGACGUAGUUGUACUCUUCCGGGGAAAGAUUAAGUCUUCAGAGCCAGUCAGCUUUUUAAAAGAUUUAGUUUUCGUUUUUUCUGAUCUUGCAGUGGGUCUUCCUUGCUUUUUUUUUUCCUGUUCAGUCCCUCCUUGUUCUGUGUGAAGAGAUUAGUGAGUUUAAUUUUGUUCCCGUUGAUCAAAAGCGCUUCAGUGUGAGUGGCUGUUUUUAAUUGGGGCGUUUUAACGGGUGUUAAACUACAAUACAUGGCCCAUAAACCGAGGAACGAUCAUUUGAACUUGUCCCCAUGCAUUUUAACUUGCUAUCAUACAUUUUCUCAGUUGACAUUUGAUGAAGAAAAAUUCAGUCAUUCAGCCUCUGAAGAAGCUUCGGGUUCAGACUCCGGCAGUCAGUCGGAAAGUGAACAGGGUAGUGAUCCUGGAAGUGGACAUGGCAGCGAGUCAAAUAGCAGUUCUGAAUCCUCUGAGAGUCAGUCAGAAUCUGAGAGUGAAUCUGCAGGUUCCAAAUCCCAGCCAGUCCUUCCAGAAGCCAAAGAGAAGCCUGCAUCCAAGAAGGAACGGAUAGCUGACGUGAAGAAGAUGUGGGAAGAAUAUCCUGAUGUUUAUGGGGUUAGGCGAUCAAACCGAAGCAGACAAGAACCAUCACGAUUUAAUAUUAAGGAAGAGGCAAGUAGCGGGUCUGAGAGUGGGAGCCCAAAAAGAAGAGGCCAGAGGCAGCUGAAAAAACAAGAAAAAUGGAAACGGGAACCCUCAGAAGAUGAACAGGAGCAAGGCACCAGUGCAGAGAGUGAACCAGAGCAAAAGAAAGUAAAAGCUAAACGACCUGUCCCCAGAAGAACAGUGCCCAAAUCUCAAGUCAAAAAACAACCGAAGACUCAGCGUGGAAAAAGAAAAAAGCAGGAGUCCUCUGAUGAUGAGGAGGACGAUGAUGAAGCUCCCAAAAGGCAGACUCGUCGAAGAGCUGCUAAAAACGUGAGUUACAAAGAAGAUGAUGACUUUGAGACUGAUUCAGAUGACCUCAUUGAAAUGACCGGAGAAGGAGUUGAUGAACAGCAAGAUAAUAGUGAAACUAUUGAGAAAGUCUUAGAUUCAAGAAUGGGAAAGAAAGGAGCUACUGGAGCUUGUACUACUGUAUAUGCUGUUGAAGCUAAUGGAGAUCCUAGUGGUAACCUUGACACUGAGAAGGAUGAAAGCGAAAUCCAGUACCUCAUCAAGUGGAAGGGUUGGUCUUAUAUCCACAGCACCUGGGAGAGUGAAGAAUCCUUACAGCAACAGAAAGUGAAGGGCCUCAAGAAACUAGAGAAUUUCAAGAAAAAAGAGGAUGAAAUCAAACAAUGGUUAGGGAAAGUUUCUCCUGAAGAUGUUGAAUAUUUCAAUUGCCAACAGGAGCUAGCAUCAGAGUUGAAUAAACAGUAUCAGAUAGUAGAAAGAGUAAUAGCUAUGAAGACAAGUAAAUCUACAUUGGGUCAAACGGAUUUUCCAGCUCACAGUCGGAAGCCAGCACCUUCAAAUGAGCCUGAAUAUUUAUGCAAGUGGAUGGGACUACCCUAUUCAGAAUGUAGCUGGGAAGAUGAAGCCCUGAUUGGAAAGAAGUUCCAGAACUGCAUUGACAGCUUUCAUAGUCGGAACAACUCAAAAACUAUCCCAACAAGAGAAUGCAAGGCACUGAAGCAAAGACCACGAUUUGUAGCUUUAAAGAAACAACCAGCAUAUUUAGGAGGGGAAAAUUUGGAGCUCCGAGAUUAUCAGCUAGAGGGUCUCAACUGGCUUGCUCAUUCCUGGUGCAAAAGUAACAGUGUAAUUCUUGCUGAUGAAAUGGGCCUAGGAAAGACCAUACAGACCAUAUCAUUCCUCUCCUACCUGUUCCACCAGCACCAGCUGUAUGGACCCUUCCUCAUCGUCGUCCCUCUAUCCACCCUCACUUCAUGGCAGAGGGAAUUUGAAAUUUGGGCACCGGAGAUUAAUGUAGUGGUUUACAUAGGUGACCUGAUGAGCAGAAAUACGAUAAGGGAAUAUGAAUGGAUUCAUUCUCAAACCAAAAGGCUGAAGUUCAAUGCACUUAUAACAACAUACGAAAUCCUUCUAAAAGAUAAGACUGUGCUGGGCAGUAUUAACUGGGCCUUUCUGGGAGUGGAUGAAGCGCAUCGCUUGAAGAAUGAUGACUCUUUACUGUAUAAAACUCUGAUCGAUUUCAAGUCCAACCAUAGGCUCCUGAUCACUGGCACUCCUCUUCAGAAUUCCCUCAAGGAACUCUGGUCCUUGCUGCACUUUAUCAUGCCAGAGAAGUUUGAGUUCUGGGAAGAUUUUGAAGAAGACCAUGGAAAAGGGAGGGAGAAUGGCUAUCAGAGUCUUCAUAAGGUGCUAGAGCCUUUCCUUCUUCGGAGAGUCAAAAAAGAUGUGGAGAAGUCCCUUCCUGCCAAAGUGGAGCAAAUUCUCAGGGUGGAGAUGUCUGCUCUUCAGAAACAGUAUUAUAAAUGGAUCCUGACCAGGAAUUACAAGGCUCUUGCCAAAGGAACACGAGGCAGCACAUCUGGCUUCCUUAAUAUUGUGAUGGAACUAAAAAAGUGCUGUAACCACUGCUAUCUGAUUAAACCUCCUGAAGAAAAUGAAAGGGAAAAUGGUCAGGAGAUUCUUCUGUCCCUAAUCAGGAGCAGUGGGAAGCUGAUUCUGUUAGACAAGCUGUUGACGAGACUCCGAGAAAGGGGGAACAGAGUCCUUAUCUUCUCUCAGAUGGUGAGAAUGUUGGAUAUCCUAGCUGAGUACCUGACUAUUAAACACUAUCCUUUCCAGCGCCUGGAUGGUUCUAUCAAGGGAGAAAUCCGAAAACAGGCAUUGGAUCACUUUAAUGCAGAUGGGUCUGAGGACUUCUGUUUCCUGCUCUCCACAAGGGCUGGUGGCCUGGGAAUCAAUUUGGCUUCAGCGGACACAGUCGUCAUCUUUGACUCUGACUGGAACCCCCAGAACGACUUGCAGGCACAAGCCCGAGCCCAUAGAAUUGGUCAGAAGAAGCAGGUGAACAUUUACCGAUUGGUUACAAAGGGGACUGUGGAAGAGGAGAUCAUAGAACGGGCCAAAAAGAAGAUGGUGUUGGACCAUCUGGUGAUUCAGCGCAUGGAUACCACUGGCAGGACAGUCUUGGAAAACAACUCAGGAAGAUCCAACUCAAAUCCUUUUAAUAAAGAAGAACUAACUGCUAUCUUGAAAUUUGGAGCAGAGGAUCUUUUCAAAGAAAUUGAAGGAGAGGAGUCAGAGCCUCAGGAAAUGGAUAUAGAUGAAAUUCUGCGCUUAGCUGAAACCAGAGAGAAUGAAGUAUCAACUAGUGCUACAGAUGAGCUACUGUCACAGUUUAAGGUUGCCAACUUUGCAACAAUGGAAGAUGAAGAAGAACUUGAAGAGCGUCCUCAUAAGGACUGGGAUGAAAUCAUUCCAGAAGAGCAAAGGAAAAAAGUAGAGGAGGAAGAGCGUCAGAAGGAGCUAGAAGAAAUUUAUAUGUUGCCUCGAAUUCGUAGUUCCACUAAAAAGGCUCAAACAAAUGACAGUGAUUCUGACACUGAGUCUAAGAGGCAGGCCCAGAGAUCGUCUGCUUCCGAGAGUGAGACAGAUGACUCUGAUGAUGAUAAGAAGCCAAAGCGCAGAGGGCGUCCACGCAGUGUGCGAAAAGACCUUGUGGAGGGCUUUACUGAUGCUGAGAUCCGAAGGUUCAUCAAGGCUUAUAAGAAGUUUGGUCUUCCUCUUGAAAGGCUAGAGUGCAUAGCACGGGAUGCUGAACUGGUGGAUAAGUCUGUGGCAGACCUGAAACGCCUGGGUGAAUUGAUUCAUAAUAGCUGCGUGUCAGCAAUGCAGGAAUAUGAGGAACAGCUGAAGGAAAAUGCCAGCGAAGGGAAAGGACCAGGGAAAAGAAGAGGCCCAACAAUCAAGAUCUCUGGAGUUCAGGUUAAUGUAAAGUCCAUUAUCCAACAUGAAGAAGAGUUUGAGAUGCUCCAUAAAUCUAUCCCUGUAGACCCUGAGGAAAAAAAGAAGUAUUGCUUAACCUGUCGGGUCAAAGCUGCACAUUUUGAUGUCGAGUGGGGAGUGGAGGAUGAUUCUCGCCUGCUGCUGGGAAUUUAUGAACAUGGCUAUGGAAACUGGGAGCUAAUUAAAACAGAUCCAGAGCUGAAACUAACUGACAAAAUUCUGCCUGUGGAGACCGAUAAAAAGCCUCAGGGGAAGCAGCUGCAGACCCGAGUGGACUACUUGCUGAAGCUGCUCAGGAAAGGUCUGGAGAAGAAAGGCACUGUGACAAGUGGGGAAGAGACCAAAUUAAAGAAGCGGAAGCCUCGAGUAAAGAAGGAAAACAAAGCACCGAGGCUGAAAGAUGAGCAUGGACUUGAGCUUUCAUCUCCUAGACAUUCAGACAACCCAUCUGAAGAGGGAGAAGUAAAGGACGAUAGCUUAGAAAAAAGUCCAAUGAAAAAAAAGCAGAAGAAGAAAGAGAACAAGGAGAACAAGGAGAAACAAAUGAGUUCUCGUAAAGACAAGGAAGGAGACAAAGAGAAGAAGAAGUCAAAGGAUAAAAAGGAGAAGGCUAAAGGUGGUGAUGCCAAAUCUUCGAGUAAAUCAAAGCGAUCUCAGGGUCCUGUCCAUAUUACAGCAGGAAGCGAACCUGUCCCUAUUGGGGAGGAUGAGGAUGAUGAUCUGGACCAGGAAACCUUCAGCAUUUGUAAGGAAAGGAUGAGGCCUGUGAAAAAGGCACUGAAACAGUUGGACAAACCUGACAAGGGACUAAAUGUGCAAGAACAGCUGGAACACACCCGGAACUGCCUGCUUAAAAUUGGAGACCGAAUAGCCGAGUGCCUUAAAGCUUACUCAGACCAGGAGCAUAUCAAGCUGUGGAGGAGGAACCUGUGGAUUUUUGUUUCCAAGUUUACAGAAUUUGAUGCUCGAAAACUACAUAAGUUAUACAAGAUGGCUCAUAAGAAAAGAUCUCAAGAAGAGGAGGAGCAAAAGAAGAAAGAUGAUAUGGUUGGUGGUAAGAAACUGUUUCGACCAGAGGCUUCAGGCUCAAGCCGGGAUUCUCUGAUAUCUCAGUCCCAUACCUCACACAACCUUCAUCCUCAGAAGCCUCAUUUGCCUGCCUCCCAUGGCCCACAGAUGCAUGGACAUCCAAGAGAUAACUACAAUCACCCCAACAAGAGACACUUUAGUAAUGCAGAUCGAGGAGACUGGCAGAGGGAAAGGAAGUUCAACUAUGGCGGUGGCAACAAUCCUCCAUGGGGCAGUGACCGACACCAUCAGUAUGAACAACACUGGUACAAGGACCACCAUUAUGGUGACCGACGACAUAUGGAUGCCCACCGUUCUGGAAGCUAUCGACCCAAUAACAUGUCCAGAAAGAGACCUUAUGAUCAGUACAGCAGCGACCGAGAUCAUCGGGGACACAGAGAUUAUUAUGACAGGCACCAUCAUGACUCCAAGCGGAGGAGAUCAGAUGAUUUUAGGCCUCAGAAUUACCACCAGCAGGAUUUCCGACGAAUGUCUGAUCACCGGCCCCCUAUGGGUUACCAUGGCCAGGGACCCUCAGACCAUUACCGCUCUUUCCACACAGACAAAUUGGGGGAAUAUAAGCAGCCCUUGCCCCCAUUGCACCCUGCAGUUUCAGAUCCUCGCUCACCCCCUUCUCAGAAAUCUCCCCACGAUUCCAAGUCACCCUUGGAUCACAGGUCUCCUUUGGAGAGAUCACUAGAACAGAAAAACAACCCAGAUUAUAACUGGAAUGUUCGGAAAACAUAAAGAACAGCUCUGAAAGGGGAGAGAGCGCAGGAGUCAUCAAGCACUUGGACAUUUUUGGUCUGGUCUAGCAGUGGCCAGUGAUCUGGGCCGGUGAGUGGAAUUUCUGAAUUUGCUGCUGCCAUCAACUCAGCAGCUGAAGGAGCACUUCACGGAGUGGGAGGCCUUCGUCAGCUGCUUUGGUUUGGUCUCCACUCCUGCACUUUGGCACCCCAUCCUAUCCCAGCCUGUUGUGGCCUCCUACCUCCAUGGGUGCUAGGAGGAAGAGGUGACUUUGUGUACCAGCUUCGUUGGUCUUCUUCCCCUGUGAAGGAAUCGGAUCUUGAGAGUCAUGAAUGUUUCAUUCAGCAUGAGUGGUCAGGCCAAGGAACUGGUGCAUGACGGCUGCCGGGACCUGCUGGACAGUGUGUGAUUGGUUCGCUAUGACAUGAUGGAUGCUGCUGAUGGGGAGUGGGGACAAGAGAGUAGGAUCUCACAUUGCAGGACUUGAAGGGGAGCAAGUGUAUCCCUCAGAUGUGUACUUGGGAGAAAUGAUACAUUUGGUCUCAUAUGAGGCCUAUAGGGUGGGAGUGGGUUGGGGAUAAAGAGACCAGGAAACAACUUCCACCAUGGCCUUCUCUGCCAACACUACUUUUUCCAUACUAUCUUUGUACAUUUCAAAGAUCUGGUCUUCUGAGUGGAGUCCCUUUUCCCUCUGUGUCAGGGAAAGUUGGGUCCCUCUGGCUGACUUUAGAAUACUGUGACUUGGGCAACAUUGGUGUCAGCGUGGGCCUUACUUGACUGGGGAGUGAACUGAGUGGGUCUAGGGGUGGGGUAGGGAGGUAAUGUGACCAGGAGACAGGAAUCCCUGGUGGCUUUCUGAUUCCUGUGGUGAGAAGGAAAGCUGUAGAUCCUAGAGAAGGAAGCAGAGGUGGCUUACUGGUGAGAUGGCUGCCCAGUGGUGGGGUAUUCAUGCUGGUUGGGAGUAGGUUUCCUAAUGUGGGCUUUGGUAGUGCCAGCAAGCAGGGGAGCUUUCAGUAUUGGAGUAGGUCAGUGUCUGCAGCUGUAUCUUGGUUCUUUUGCACAGCUUAGAAUCAUAUACCUGACAUUCAUGAUGCGGUCAGGUGAUUACAUUUCCUGAGGUGAUUACAUUUCCACCGCUGGUUGGAGAUCAUUAGAACUGAACCCCAUUUGUUUCAGAGUAUGAUCUGUAAAGCAUAAACCUAAGUUAAUUUUUAACAGAAAUCAGAAACAUCCACAGCUGGGGUGGCUGAACUAUAGAUGGCAGGUGUCCUGCUAGAGUAGAUGGAGUCAGGCUGGAGAGCUGAUAGGUUCUGUCAGUAGCUGGGCUCCCAUCAGUGUACUGAUUCAGGGCCUUAGGUUUUACUCACUUUCAUUACAGCUUGCCAGUAUUGUUAGAGUACCCAAAACCUUUCUAGGCGACAAAAAUUUGACUUGAACAUACAGCAUGGUGUGCCUCUAAGUGUCUAGGCUCAUUCAGAGUUGAUGAAAAGCCUUGUGAUGGGCAUAUGCGGGUUCAGCUCCAAGAACUCACUUGUCUGGCCUCAUCCUGGGCAGUACCGUUCAUGACUUUCCUAAGACAUGCUUGAUUGUAUCCCUGAGUGAAACAGAUGUGUCCAUGCAUGGCUAUGGUGGGCCAUUGCUUCUGCUACCUGGAGCACCUCAGGCCUGUCUGGUGCUGAGUCAGUGCCAGCAGCUUGUGCUAGGAGCUCAGCAGACCAUCGCCUUUGUAACUCCUCACAGCACCUGGGCUGCUCACCCUGGCUGUGUACAUGCAUGCCCUGCAGCAGAGCCCAGUGACUGCAUGGAAGUCCCCUCUUCCCCUGUGGUGGCCUGCCGUGACUGCUGAAAUGAAUGCAGGAAGUCAGGUUCACUUUGGCCCGGUAGUGAAAAGUAAACCACAGGUGGAGCAUCUUGCUCCAUUACAUUGACACUAAUCUGACUGGUGUGCUAGGAAUCGGGGCCAGGAAGGGGAUGCACUCCUGUAGAAGGUGGAGGCCUUGCCUUUCUAUACUCAACUAGGUUUUUCUCUUAACUUGUUGGUAGAAGUUGUAAGUUAUUCCCAAGGAUGUCUCAUCAUGAGGAAAAAGGACCUUCCUUUUGUUUACAUUCAGGACUUUGGUGCCAUAAGAUGUAGCAAAAGGCAAUAUUGGCCAGAUCAGUGUUACAUUGAUUCUAAGAUUACAGUAUCCCCCAUCAAGCAUCUGUUUUAGGUGUUAAAGGAUAUUUGAAGAGUAGGUUGGGAGAAAGGCAUUUCCUCGUUGACUUAAAUCAGUAUAAGUAUCAUAUACUUAAAACAGAAGUUUGCACAGGUAGAAAUCUCUCAUUUGUGACUGAGAGAAGCUGCCCAAGAGUCUCCAGAUGUUACUCCAUGGAGCCUGGCUUUGGAUGGUUGAGGAAGGAGGGACAGUUAGCAUUGGCAAGCCCCAAAUUAAACAAGGAUGGCAGUGAUGCACCAUGACCCUAGGGAAGGAAGGUGAAGCCCCUGCUGAUUACUGUGUCCUCAGAGUUGGCCAGGCCCUCUGGAGCCCGAUCUGAUGGCCCUUGCUUGCCCCUCUGUGUAGUCAUUCCUUAAACCCCACAAAGGGAAGCUGAAUAUUUCUCACUGAGCUGCUGACAUUCUGACCCGGUGUGUCUGGAAGUUGUAUCAGGCCCGCUGGUACAAAGGUGAUUCACUUAGGAGUUCACACACAGCGACGCUGAAAU